AUGUGCGGAUCCAAGAUGGUCGAGGCAAAGGAUGAGCCCCUAGAGAUCAUUGGAGUCACUGAAGUUAUCGAGAGAAAAGCGCCACAUGUAUGUCAUGAAAACAACCUCGAUGCUAGAAAAAGGAACCUGGAUUUGUUGCAAGACGACGUAUUUCCUCGAGAUAGAACAACCACCAUCGAUGAUCUUGACAUCGGGAUCGACUCUGACACGGAGACUGAACCAAGUGAUCUUGAUAUCUCGUCUUGCAGCAAGUCGUUCACCUCAGAGUCUGAUGAGAGCUAUCAGGAGGCAUCAUCUGCAGACAUCCAAGAGCUAUCUGAAAGCGUCACAGCCCUCUCUCUAAAAGCCGAUUCGGAGAGGAUAGAAGACCUGAAGCUCUUCAUGAAUGACUUCCGAAGCUUGGGAACAGCUCUCAAAGACAAGUGGCUCGAAGAAGAGAAAUUUCAGAGGUACUACCAGGAGUCAUUCGAGAAGCUGAGAAAAGGGGACAUCAUGGAGAUCAGUGGUGCGGAAAUCCUCCUAACGACAUCCAUGAAGGAGGAUUACGAAAGCUUUGUUCGAGCCUUGGUCAAGAAGUGCUUGUCGAAGUGCAUCGUUGCAAGCUUCGAUGACGGGUUCGCGUUCGAGUUCGAGGCCAACGGGGAGUACGACGUCCUAGUGCGGUCCAACUACGGAAGGCAGACUGGAUGCGUGCGACCUGCCCAGGAUUGGAGCUUUUACGUGCGAGAAGGGAUCCAGAUGAUGGACCUUGAGAGCAUUGAGAACAUCUUCAACUUCUUGGAAGAGUGGAAAAUAUUCGUCAGCGAGAACUCUGAUAUCGACAUGAAGGGUCUCAUGGCAAGGGGAAUUUUCAGCUUCUAGUGCACAACAAGGAGUGUUUCUGUUGCAUUUACUGUACCAUUACACAUUAGUUAGUACUCUUGUAUUUUGAUAGUUACUGUUAUUAAAAAUU